ACGCGGAAGGUUGUGCCCUGCCCCGAGAUAGCGAUACCAUCUCCGGGUGCCCCGAAACCGAACCACUCGCAAGAUCCCCGGGCUCUGCGUCUGCGGCAGGAUAAUAAAGCGUGACGCGUGUGCGUAACAUAAAAAUAACCAUAAAGCAAAUGCUCUCCACUCCGGGCGGAGUAAAUGAAGUGAGGUGAAGUGAAGCGGGGAAAACAAAAAAAACCGACCAGGGCCAAACGGAAUUCCUUCAAAAAUCGGCAAAUAAACAAGAAGAAAAGAAGAGCACACACCGGUUUUGUGCGAAAGAAGCGAAGGAAGUACGAAGUGAAAUCAGAAGAAUUCUUCGGCUCGAAAUGGGGCUGAACGGAAGACGAUUGUUUGGCUGUGGCCUGGGAUUCUUCUGCCUGAUCUUGUGCUCUUACGCCGCACCUUUAUCUUUCGAGGAUGUGAGCAUCGCAAAGGGCCUGCAACCCUCGAUAACCAUCAAGGAACAGAGUCCUCUGCAAUUGCCCUGCGAGUACCAACUGCCGGAUGGGUACCUUCAAUCAAACAGCGUCAUCCUGCGCUGGCGGAAGGAUAGCAAAACCCUCCGUCAAGUCGAGCUGGGCAGGAUGGGCAGCACCACCAGCGAGCCGCAGCUGGAGACCAUGUUGCGCGAGGACUCGCGAGUGUCUCUGAACAAGGACACUGGUUCCCUGCAAUUCAACAGUGUUCUGGCCAGCGAUGCCGGUCAGUACCAGUGCCAGUUGGUCAUCGAGGGUUCCGUGGCAGCCAGUUCCAGUAGCGGAGUUCUCCUGGUUAUAGAGCAACUUAAGUUCGUGCCACAGCCCACUUCUAAGAACCUGGAGCUGGGCUCUCUCAGCAAAGUCCACUGCAAGGCGCAGGGAACGCCUCCUCCACAAGUUAAAUGGAUGAGGGAAACCCAGCUGCCCCUGCCCGCAAAUGUGACCGACCAGAAUGGCACUCUGAUCUUCAACCAAGUGAGCAACGAGCAGCGGGGUCAGUACACCUGCGUCGCCUCCAACAGCCAGGGUCAGAUCAGUGCCACCGUGUCCAUCAAUGUGGUGGUGGCUCCCAAGUUCAGUGUCCCGCCCGAGGGACCCAUUGAGGUGGCGGAAGCCGGGACAGCCGUGAUCCACUGCCAGGCGAUCGGAGAACCAAAGCCCACCAUUCGAUGGGACAAGGAUCUCACCUACUUGAACGAGAACAACACGGAUGGGGAACGCUUUUCGCUGCUGGAGAACGGAACGCUGGAGAUUCGGAAUGUACGACCGGAGGAUGAGGGACGUUACGGCUGUACCAUUGGCAGUAGUGCGGGACUGAAGAGGGAAGAUGUCCUGCUGGUGGUGAAGUCCAGCAAAUCCGCCUCCAAUUCAAUAGUCACCCGCAUCAUCAUCGUGAUCAUCUGCCUGGCCUUCUUGUACUUUGUCCUGGUGCUGGGUCUGAAGGUGUGGUACCGCUACCGUCGCCACCUGGGCAAGGUGCAGUUGGAGGAUGGCCUGGCCAAUGGGCCCACCGAUGGGCAGGAGCACGAGCACCAGGAGAACGAGCCCUGCCUGACGGAGGCCAACUCCAGCAAGAAUCUGAAGAGCAAGCUGAGGGAGAGCACAAUCCUGGAGCAGGAGUCGCAGGUGGCCGACGACAUUGUGUGAGGAGUCGUAGUCGUACUCCCCCUGAGGCGGCAGCUCUCCAGCCACUUUCCAUGAUCUCGGUCACAUGCCCCUCGAGUGUUACUCCGUUUUGUUGUUGAGAAUCAAAAAGGAACUUGUGAAAUCCCCAGAAAUCUAUUUGUAUUUAUAUUUAUCUAGUUUAUAUAUAUAUAUAUAUGUAUUUAUGCAUGUGUGUCUGUGUGUAUAUAUCCCAUGUACAGUUAUUUUUUAGUAGAAUAAAUAUUUUAUGGCUCUCAUAG